AUAUCUGGAGAAAAAUCAUCAUCGCAGACCAUCAAUCAACAGUCUUCAGUCUCUACAACGAUCUCCAGCUCUUUACAAAUCCUUAGUCUCUCUCUUUUCGGGAACUACCCUUCUACAACAUUCAAAAUGCAGUUCAGCACCAUCACCACUCUCUUCACCUUGGCCGCUGUUGCCAUUGCUGUCCCUACCGACGUCCAAGCCCGCACCGAGAGUGGCGAAUGCCCCAACAACCAACCCAACCAGGUUUGCUGCUCUAAUAGCAUUUUGGACUGCAUCCUCCCAAUUCUUGGCUCGCCCUGCGGUGGCACCACCUAUUGCUGCAGCACCCUUCCCUCCUCGGGCCCUAUCAACGUCAGCAUCCUUGACUGCGUCAAGCUCCUCUAAGCGAAACGCUGAAAACGGCACGGAACUUGCUUGGAUGAACUACCUAGGUAGUUGGCGGAUUUGACUGGAAACAAUGAUGAAAGGGAUUAUGCCUGCUGAAGUCUGAUUUGAUUUAACUUAUAUCAUGGCCUGAUGACACUCGUUUAGCUUCUAAAUAUUACUCAAUUACGCGCG